AUGUCUUCCGACUUUAAAGGAAAACUUGCCAUUGUUACCGGGGCAUCCAAGCUCAACGGCAUCGGAUUUGCUACCGCUCACGCCCUUGCCAAAGGUGGCGCCGAUAUUGUGCUUCACUACAACUCAAACAAGACUGCUGCCGAUGAGUGCCUUGCCAAGAUCAAAGAGCUAGGCGUCCAGGCUAUUGCCGUUCAAAGCAAUGCUGGUUCACUCACUUUUGGCGAUGACAUCGUCAAUGCCACCAUUGCAGCAUUUCCAGGCCGCAAGAUCGACAUCAUCGUCAACAACGCUGGGCACGCAACGUUUCAAGGAAGCGCGUCAGAGGCUCUUAUUGAGGAGUUUGAUGCCUUGUUUCACCCCAACGUUCGGGGACCUCACCUGCUCAUCCGGGCUGCUCUACCUUAUAUUGCUUCUCCUGGCGGCCGCAUCGUCAAUAUCGGCAGCGUAGUGUCUCGGACUGGAACUAAAUUUGCUGCAUUGUACACUGCUUCCAAGGCCGCUCUCAAUACGCUGAGCCUGGCAUGGGCUGAAGAACUUGGCGAGAAGGGCAUCACUGUUAAUGUUGUUUCUCCAGGGCCAAUCUCCACGGAUUAUGCUGGGCCAGAGGAUCACGAGUUGACGGUAAAGUUCCGUGCUCAGCAGUAUAUCAAGCGAGAUGGAACAACAGAGGAAGUUGCCAGUGCUAUAUUGUUUGCGGCUAGCCCGGGGGCGAGCUUCAUGUCGGGCCAAGUUCUCGGUAUUGAUGGUGGUCUGAGCUAUAUUUAA